CUUCUUCAAGGCCUUGUACUCUUCUGAAUGAAAUGGCUGCAUUUAUAGCUAUGAUAGUCUACAUGGUUCUUUUGCCAACACCCUUUGCAGCUAAGGAUGAAGAGUGGAAAUCUGCUACUGCAACAUACACCAAAGAAAUAGAUGGGUCAAUCAUUGCAGAAGGUGCUUGUGGUUAUGGAGAUCUACAUAAGAUUCGCUAUGGAAAACAUAGCGCUGGAUUGAGUAGCAUGUUGUUUAAUGGAGGGAGUACCUGUGGAGCAUGCUUUGAGCUUAGAUGUGUUGACCACAUCUUGUGGUGCUUGGAAGGAAGUCCGACCGUCAUCCUAACCGCCACCGACUUCUGUCCUCCCAAUGAUGGCCUAUCUUCUGAUUAUGGUGGAUGGUGCAAUUUUCCCAAAGAACACUUCGAGAUGUCAGAGGCAGCAUUUACUGAAAUAGCAGAGAAAAAAGCAGAUAUUGUGCCAGUUCAAUAUAGGAGGGUGAGGUGUGACAGAAGUGGUGGAUUAAGAUUCACAGUUAGCGGGAAUUCUCGAUUCUUUCAAGUUUUGAUUACUAAUGUUGGAAUGGAUGGUGAAUUAGUGGCAGUGAAAGUGAAGGGAUCUAGAACAGGAUGGAUACCUCUGGCAAGGAACUGGGGACAAAACUGGCAAAGCAAUGUCAAUCUUCAUGGGCAACCUCUCUCUUUUGAAGUUACCUCUAGCAGUGGAAGAGCACUUACUUCCUAUGGUGCUGCACCUGGAAACUGGCAGUUCGGGCAGACAUUUGAAGGGAAACAAUUUUGACAUCGUCAUGCAACUAGGGAAAUUCAAAACUUUAGGCCUUCAUCAUGAAAUAUAACUAGAAGCUUUGAACAUAA